ACGCAGCAUCUGGCCAGGGGCGGGUAGGCGCUAACCGUGCAGUAUGGCGGACGAUGGAGACAGUUCGAGCGGACCAGUUGACACAAGCGGCGGGCAGGGGGCAGCGGACGAGUCGGACGGGCUCGGCCUCGGCGCGAUGUUGCUGAAUAUCGGUAUUGUGGUUGUGGUGGUGGCGGUGUGCCUGGCGGUGUACCGGCGGUGGGGCAGGCGGCUCGUCUCCGACGCGGCCCAGGGCGACGAGGCCUCGGCGCUUCCCAAGAUGAGGAGACGGGACUUCAGUCUGGAGCAGCUGCGGGAGUACGACGGGCUCCACAACCCCCGCAUCCUCAUGGCUGUCAACAUGAAAAUUUUCGACGUGACCAGCGGCAAAAAGUUUUACGGGAAAGAUGGUCCUUACGGCAUUUUCGCAGGCCGGGAUGCUUCGAGAGGCCUGGCCACCUUCUGCCUGGAGAAAGACGCCCUGAGGGACGAGUACGACGACUUGUCAGACCUUAACGCUGUACAGAUGGAGAGCGUGAGGGAGUGGGAGAUGCAGUUCAUGGAAAAAUACGAUUAUGUCGGGAGGUUGCUGAAGCCCGGAGACGAGCCGUCGGAGUACACAGACGAGGAGGACAUCAAGGACCACCUGAAGCACGACUGAGCGGUUUCAUCACACCGACCAAAGCCAGGAGCCCCAAACAGCUGCGACAGACCGCUCCCAGACCCCCAGACCUCCUCCUCCUGCCCCAUCGAUCCACCUGCCACUCCUUUCUCCAGCCCCACUCCCCAAAAACUCUUCACCUCCUGAAUCUGUCUGGCGCCGUGGCUGUUUUGGAAGGGCAGGACUCAAGUCUCAAUGCCCAGACCUCCCUCCCUCCCUCUUCAUCCUGCGGAGAUGACCACCAACAGAAAGUGAUUGGAAAACCUUCGACGAGGGCUUUUUUAAAAUGACAGAAAAACAUGUGUGGGCGGGGGGGGAGAGAGAGGCCAUUAGAUGUAAUCGAAAAACAAAAAAAACACAAAAUAUUUUAGUCAUUUGCUCCAGCGCUGGGGAACGCGUGGUCAUCGUGGUCGCCGCUGAGCGCUGGGUGGAGGUUGGUCCGAGGUAGAGAAACACAUUGGUCGAAGAUGAUCAGUGGAUCGGGAUGGGGAAACAGAUUUCUCUCUUUUUUAUCUUUUGAUUUAGUCACAUUGCACCUGAAACUGCUUCAGCUUCGGACAGCUUAUCAAUCAAUCUUUUUUUUUUUGUUCGAAUAAUUUCCCCCCUUGUUGAGAGGGCGGUGCUGCAGAAGCAGUGCUGUGGAAAUUGGGGGCGUCGCAUUUCCUGUUGUGUUUGUAGUGUAUGCACUACUAGUUUUCUUUGUUUGUCACCAUGUGAUUGUAUUUGUUGAGUAGCAUAGAGGGUGG